AUGUUUGGAAGAAGAAUUUUAAUUCUUCUCCAUUUCUCAAUUCUUCCGUUUUGCUUUGCGAGUGAAGUCAAACAUUUGACAAAACAUCUCUUCUCUGAUGAGGAAAUUCAAGAAGAUGUCAAAGCUGUAGAUUUAGUAAUUCAAGCGCCUUGGGUAGAACAAAACACUUUAGGUGUUCAAAGAAUGGAAACUAAGAGAGAAAGUAAUCGCCUUACUGAUGCGCAGAAAGCUUUGUUCGAUCGCCAUUGGGAAUUGGAAACUAUACAGGCAAAUGAUUUUUUAGGGUCCAUCCCUGAACAGAUGCGGAAAUUCAAGAAGACCCUUUAACGAGCCUACAAGCUUCUGACCAACACAAUUCCUUACCUUUUAUUUCUUUAAAAGUUUAAUCGUGGGGAUCUGGAGGGGUUAAAAAUGAUUGGACUAAUUGAGAAUGUGGAACAGGGUGACUCUUUCCAAAUCACCAAAAGAGGGCAUGGUUUCUUAAAAAUGAGGCAAAGCGGUACGGAAUAAAAAUCUAUUAUUUUCAGUUAGAAAAGCCAGAAGCUCCCAAACAAGUUGAUUUGGAAUUGUUGGCCGAAGCUUUGGAUAUUGUUGUG